GUCCGUCCCGGUGCGCCGUGGUGUUGGAGCGGCCCUGCGCGUCUUUACGCACGGAGCGCAGCGUCCUGUAAACACCCCGUCUCCCGGAGCUCCUCAGCAGGCUGUUCGUCCAAGUCGUUCAAGCUGUACUCACCCAAGGAGCCUCCGAACGGUAGCGCCUUCCCCCCCUUCCACCCCGGCACCAUGCUGGACAGAGACGUGGGUCCCACUCCGAUGUAUCCGCCCACGUACCUGGAGCCUGGCAUCGGAAGGCACACGCCGUACGGCAACCAGACCGACUACAGAAUAUUUGAGCUCAACAAACGGCUACAGAACUGGACAGAGGAGUGCGAUAACCUCUGGUGGGACGCCUUCACCACAGAGUUCUUUGAAGAUGACGCGAUGCUCACCAUCACCUUCUGCUUGGAGGACGGACCCAAACGCUACACCAUUGGCAGGACGUUGAUCCCGCGGUACUUCCGGAGUAUAUUUGAAGGGGGCGCCACUGAGCUGUACUACGUCCUGAAACACCCCAAGGAGUCGUUCCACAACAACUUCGUGUCCCUGGACUGCGACCAGUGCACCAUGGUCACGCAGAACGGAAAGCCCAUGUUCACACAGGUGUGUGUGGAGGGGCGGCUGUACCUGGAGUUCAUGUUCGACGACAUGAUGCGGAUAAAGACGUGGCACUUCAGCAUCCGGCAGCACCGCGAGCUCAUCCCCCGCAGCAUCCUGGCCAUGCACGCCCAGGACCCUCAGAUGUUGGACCAGCUGUCCAAAAACAUCACGAGAUGUGGCCUGUCCAACUCCACCCUCAACUACCUCCGACUGUGUGUGAUCCUGGAGCCCAUGCAGGAGCUGAUGUCCAGACACAAGACGUACAGCCUCAGCCCUCGGGACUGCCUCAAGACCUGCCUCUUCCAGAAGUGGCAGCGGAUGGUCGCUCCCCCAGCGGAGCCGGCCCGCCAGGCCCCCAACAAGCGGCGGAAGCGUAAGAUGUCGGGCGGCAGCACCAUCAGCGGGGGCGGGACCAACAACAACAGCAACAGCAAGAAGAAGAGCCCCGCCAGCGGCUUCCCGCUGUCCAGCCAGGUCCCGGACGUGAUGGUGGUGGGCGAGCCCACCCUGAUGGGCGGGGAGUUCGGCGACGAGGACGAGCGCCUGAUCACGCGGCUGGAGAACACGCAGUUCGACGCGGCCAACGGGCUGGACGACGAGGACAGCUUCAACAACUCCCCGGCGCUGGGGGCCAACUCGCCCUGGAACAACAAGGCCCCCUCCAGCCAGGAGAGCAAGAGCGACAACCCCACCUCCCAGGCCUCCCAGUAGAGCCCCCCCCCCCCCCCUUCUCUCUCUCUCUCUCUCUCUCUCUCUCUCUCUCUCUCUCUCUCCACGACCCUCCCUCCAGACCCCCCCCCCCCUCUCAGCCAUGUGAGCAAGACCCUACUGACCCCAGACAUCACUUAAAGAGCCCAGAUUUAUCAAACCACUGACCCCACCCCGCCUUCGGGGGGGGGGGCCGGCGCGGCCAGGACUGAUGCGGCCCCCGUGAAGCGGUCGUGGAGCCCAGGGAGACGGCUCCGUGUGAAGAAAGAAGAGGAGGUGGUCACUGUUUGGGUCAGCGACUCUCUUCCCCAGCUCUUUGGCUCCGUGUUCCUCCUCCUCCUCCUGCUCCUCCUCCUCCUCCUCCUCCUCCUCCUCCUGCUCCUCCCAACUCAUACAUGAAUGUUAUGUCUGUUCUCAGAUCCUUUUUAAAGUUCAUACGGUGACUCGAUUUUAAUGUGAAGCGCGGGAGAGGGAGAAGGUUCUGCUGGGGGAGGAGACAGAGGAGUCUAUAUUUAAGCGUGCAUG